UCCCUCUCUCUCUCCUCCAUUUGAGUCUGAGCAGAUGGAGAAAAAUGUUAUUAGUUUGGAUCAGAGGAGGAAAACUAUGAUCAUGGCAGCGUGAAGAAGACAUCAGGGAGGAGGUAAAAAAUCUCAACUCAUUUUUGAGUCUUACUCGACUUCGAACAGAAACAAGACAAAUUCUGCUCAGAUCACAGCAGUUUGUUGCUGAAUUAGCUACGCACAGCAGACAAGUAAGAGAUGAAAGACGGUGGAUCAGUCUCUUUAGUUUGUAUUAGUAAGGGUUUUGUUGAGAACUGAAGCAGAACUUUGGAGCAGAUGGUGUAAUCAUUUCUGAAGCAGCAGGAUGAACCCAAACUGGACCAACAGUCAGAGCUUCACCCUGAGCUGAGACGGAUUAAAGAACCUGCAGCUGUUUUACAGCAGCAUCUAGUGGCUGCUGCUAGAACUGCUAUUUCCGGCACUAGGCAUGGCUGACCCAUCAUCUUCCAAGAACAAGCCCUACUCCUGGCUAGUAAUGGCCAUCAUCAUCACCAGCCUGCUUCUUCUGGACCUUCUCCUGGUUCAGCAAAGUCCUGCUCCAAAGAUGACAGGUGUGUGCAUCUCGGUGGUGGUGGGUGAUGUGAGUUUUUUCGUCAUCCUUCGGUACCUGGCGAUCUGGGUUGGGACAGAGGUCCAUAGUGCCAAGCGAGGCUACGCCAUGAUCCUCUGGUUCUUCUAUAUUUUUGUCCUGGAGUUGAAGGUUUACUUUGUCUACCAGAGCUUCAGGUCUCAGGAUUUGGAUGCUGAGUUGGGUUCAGAUGGAUCAAGGAGAUCUCUGACGCUGCUGUUGUGUAUUAGCUUACCCCUAAUGUUUGUAACACUAGCAGCUGUCGAUCAGUUGGAUUUUUUACAGCAGUAUAACAAAAGGGAGGAGAUGAGGAGCCGUUUGUUCUGGGUGGUGCUGGACCUCCUGGAUGUCGUGGAUGUUCAGGCCGAUCUGUGGGAGCUUCAGAGGGAACGUCUCCCUCUCUGGAUGGAAGGCGUGAUGUUCUUCUACUCCUACAUGAUCCUAUUGGUGCUGCCAUGUGUCUCCCUGGGAGAGAUCAGCAUGCAGGGUGUGCACAUCGCCCCCCACAGGAUGAUGCUUUACCACGUCGUCAGCCUCAUCUCCAUCAACGUCAUCACCCUGCUGAUACGCGGCGGGAACCUGCUGCUGUACAGCCACAUGUCUGGGAUAAUGGUGGGGAAGAACGGGAUCACCAUCCUUCUGAAGAGCUUCAGUUUGGUGGAGUUCAGGAAACACCAGCUCGCUCCUCCUACAAUUGAUCAAGGCAGUGAACUGAGGCAGGAUGUUAUUGGAGAAGUUCAGGGAACCAGCAGGCGGCAGAUGGUAGUUCCUAGAGUGGUGAUCGAGGAUUUUACAACAAUACCUGAGGAGGAUGAAGAGGAGGGUGGGACCAAACAGGGAGAAGACAAUCAGAGAAAUCCAGCAGUGGAUCAACAACCUGAAGCUUCUACUGAUGUCCUGAUCCCUUUAAAUCUCAGUUUACUGAGAGUGGACUGA